AUGGCUGCUGGGAAGUAUCAAGAAUCCUACUCCUCACGGUUUCCUAAUUGUAAAUAUCAAGUGUUCUUGAGUUUUAGAGGUAAAGACACCCGCAAGAACUUUACCGAUCACCUCUACACGGCCCUGGUUCAAGCAGGGAUUCACACAUUUAGAGAUGGUAAUGAAAUUUGGAGAGGAGAGAAUAUAGAUGUCGAGCUCCAGAAGGCAAUACAACAAUCAAAAAUAUCGAUAAUCGUGUUCUCCAAAGACUAUGCUUCGUCGAGAUGGUGCCUCGAUGAACUUGUAAUGAUCAUGGAACGUAAGAGGAAUGCUGACUGCAUAGUUUUGCCAGUAUUCUAUGACGUGGAUCCAUCCCAAGUCGGACGUCAAACAGGGAGCUUCUCUGCAGCAUUUGUGGAACAUGAAAAGAGCUUCAACGAGGAGAUAGAGCGGGUGAAUGGGUGGACGAUUGCUUUAAAGGAAGUGGCUGAUUUAGCUGGAAUGGUUUUAGGAGAUGGGUACGAGGCACCGUUUGUCCAAUCUAUUGUGGAGAAGGUUUUAAAGAAUUUGGAUCAAAAAAUGUUUCAUGUACCCCCUCAUUUCAUUGGAAGAGAUCCUCUAGUUCAAGAUAUCAACUCAUGGUUGCAAGAUGGAUCCCAUGGUGCUGCCAUUGCUUUACUCUAUGGAAUUGGUGGAGUUGGAAAGACAGCCAUAGCUAAGAGUGUUUAUAACCAGAACUUUUAUAAAUUUGAAGGAAAGAGCUUCCUAUCAAAUUUUAGAUCAAAGGAUAUAGUUUGCUUACAGAGACAACUUCUUUCCGACAUCCUAAAAAAGACUGUUGAUGAGAUAAAUGAUGAAGAUGAAGGAAUUCUGAAGAUUAAAGAUGCCUUAUGUUGCAGAAGAACUCUUAUUGUUCUAGAUGAUGUGCACAAAAGGGACCAAUUCAAUAAAAUCGUUGGCAUGCAAAAUUGGCUUUGUAAAGGAAGUAAAAUAAUUGUAACAACUAGAAACAAGGGUCUGUUUUUAGCUAAUGAUAUUAAGUGGUUCGAUUGCAAAGUUAAACUGCUAGAUAUUGAAAAAUCACUUGAGCUUUUCAGUUGGAAUGCCUUUGGACAAGCUGACCCUGUUGAUGGUUUUGUAGAAGACUCUUUGAGAAUAGUACAUCAUUGUAAUAGACUUCCAUUAGCUCUUCGAGUUAUUGGCUCUUCAUUGUCCGGAAAAGGAAGAGAAAUAUGGGAAAGAGCAUUACAACAAAUGGAAGUGAUUCCUAAUUUUGAAGUUCAAAAGGUUCUUCGAAUAAGUUACGACUUUCUUGAUGGUGAUUAUCCGAAGAACUUAUUCCUUGAUAUCGCAUGUUUCUUCAAUGGAAUAGAUGUGGAUGAUGCGGUUAGGAUAUUGGAUGGGAUCGAUAAAGGUGCAAGAUUUGGGAUUGACAAUCUCAUCAAUAGAUGUCUUGUUGAAAUCAACAUUGAUAAAAGGUUGUGGAUGCAUCAACUAGUAAGACAUAUGGGAAGGGAAAUUGCUCGUCAAGAAUCACACAAAUGUCAAAGAAUAUGGUGUCACGAGGAAGCUUUUACCGUUUUGAAAGGAACUACUGAUGCUGAAAAAUUGCGUGGCCUUACCCUUGAUAUGCAUGCAUUGAUGAAAGAUAAUAAUGCAGAGGUUGUUUGUACCAGUUCAAUUUUUUGCCGCAAGCGUCAUAGGCUUAACUUCUUUCAACGAUGGCUUUCUUACGUUUCCGAUGACGGAAAAUUACAAACAGGCCAAACAAGUUUGUUUCCCAUCUUCAGCACGGAUGCUUUUAGAAAGAUGCCAAAUGUAAAAUUUCUCCAACUAAAUUACACGAAGUUCUAUGGAAGUUUUGAGCACUUCCCUAAGAAUUUGAUAUUGUUAUUCUGGCAUGGAUUCUCUUCGAGAUGCAUACCAAAUCACGUAUGCUUGGAGAAGCUGGUGGUUCUUGAUCUAUCUAAAAGCUGUCUAGUUGAUGCUUGGAAAGGCAAACCGUUUUUUCCAAAAUUGAAAAUUCUUGAUCUCCGUCACUCUCAUGAUCUCAUUAGAACCCCAGACUUCUCGUGA